GUUCAGCUUGUUGGGUUGGAUGAAGAAAGCUCUGAAUUCAUUUGCAGAAAUACUUUUGAUCACCCCUAUCCUACUACCAAGCUCAUGUGGAUCCCAGAUACUAAAGGAGUUUAUCCAGACCUUUUGGCAACCAGUGGUGACUACCUGCGUGUGUGGAGAGUGGGUGAAACAGAGACCAGACUAGAAUGUCUGCUGAACAACAAUAAGAAUUCUGAUUUUUGUGCUCCACUGACCUCCUUUGAUUGGAAUGAAGUGGAUCCUUAUCUGUUAGGUACUUCUAGCAUUGACACAACUUGUACUAUCUGGGGUUUGGAAACUGGCCAGGUGUUGGGAAGAGUGAAUUUAGUGUCUGGCCAUGUCAAGACUCAGUUGAUUGCCCAUGACAAAGAGGUUUAUGAUAUUGCAUUCAGCCGUGCCGGAGGUGGGAGAGACAUGUUUGCUUCUGUUGGUGCUGAUGGCUCAGUGAGGAUGUUUGACUUAAGGCACUUGGAACAUAGCACUAUUAUCUAUGAGGAUCCUCAGCAUCAUCCUUUGCUUCGCCUUUGCUGGAAUAAACAAGACCCUAACUACCUUGCAACAAUGGCAAUGGAUGGUAUGGAGGUGGUGAUUCUAGAUGUCAGAGUUCCUUGUACACCAGUUGCCAGACUGAAUAACCACCGAGCAUGUGUGAAUGGUAUUGCUUGGGCACCACAUUCUUCUUGCCAUAUCUGCACAGCAGGUAAAGAUAAUUUGUAUUCCUCCUCUCUUAUUUGGGCAUCUAAGAGUUGAUUGGGAUUUACUAUCAUUUCCAAAUGUGAACGCAAGUUUGUAGUCCUAAGUGCUCUGUAUAUAAUUUGAAGGCUAACAAAUACACCAACAAAAUCAAAGGCACGAGAU